AUGGAGCAAAAUAGGCUAGCUAAACAAGUACUACAGACAACCCAACAGGGAGAAGGAGAGGAGCAGGAGCGGGGGCUCGUCGCUCUCACCUGUGUACCAGGAACGCACGCGGCGCACCGUGGAGAGGUAGCGGCGGCACGCCUUGGCGGGCGUGUCCGAGUUGCCCGAGAAGAUGAGCGGCUGCAGGGAGCCCGGCGACGCGAACAGCAGGAACAGCGACAGCAUCUCGGCCAGCGCCAGCCCGCCGAAGUACUUCUGCGCGAAGCGCUGGCCCUCGCGCAGCUGCGCUUCGUCCAGCCACGCGGGCCUGCCACGGGGAACCUUCCAUUUGAUUUCAUUUCAUUUGGUCUCAAAUUGAUUGUGUUUAAACCCAAAGUGAUCGUGUUUAUUCUCAAGCUUAGAAUAAACGUUGCACCUCGUCAUCGAAAUUUGAAGAACCCAGAUGGUCCAGAAGGACGGCUUUUGAAACUUCGCAAGACUGUAACCGGGCUAAUAAAGCACGAACGGAUAGAACUGAAUUACAACCGUGCAGACGAAGCACGAGGUUAUGCUGAGAGGCUAAUUUCGGAAGCAAUACGAUAUGGAGAUUGCCACAGAACAACAAUGGAGUUGGCAGAUUUUUGGCUUCUUGAGAAACAACUGGUCCACAAAUUAUUCAAGGUGUUGGUGCCACGCAAUCCAUAUCCACCUUUGACAGUGGACUCUACAAAAAACAGAGCACUGCUGCACAAUGUACUUUUAGAUGAAGCAGCUAAGGCAUAUCGUGCACAAAAAGUUACAGGGGUUACAUCAGAAAUACUUGAAAAAAUUGAGAGAGAACAUCCUAGUUCACCCGCAGUGGAAACUCAAGAAGAAUCUGAAGUAACAAAGUCACCGAACAUUUCAGAGAAGAGUGGUGUUUUACAAGAAAAAAGUUCAGAACCAAGUUAUGAAAAAACGUGAAAUAGUAAAUAUCUUAACAUACAAUUUUUGUUGCUACUGUUUGUACAUAUAACAUUUAUUGAGUAUUAAAUUUAAUUUUUUUUGAUGUUUCUUUGUAAGAAUUUGUUAAACUUGUUCUUUUGAACGAAUAAACUAAGGUUCCUUUUACUUCUCUUAUUUUUUAGUUGUGAUUUAAAAAUUGUACAUACAGAAAGUAUUUUCUUU